AUGGAUGCUAGGCAGAUCGUGGAUAAGCGGAAGUCGUUAGUUGGAAAGUUGAUUCCCUAUAUUGGCAUAGUUCCGACCUCGAUGAACUACGCCGGCUACCCGACACCGCUCGUUACUGGGUCGACGUCGAAGCUCGCUUCUCGCCGCCGACUAUUUGUACCGUUCAGACCACUGGUUAAGGUCAAGUCGGCCGUGAAGCGAUAUUUGCUAUCUGCCCGCCGGAUUACUCGGCGG